ACCUAACAUUUUAAGUUCUUAUGUCUUAUUAUUUUUAAGAAGAAGAGUUUCUUCUGUACAAAAAUCUGUAUCUAAAGCGUUGCGUGUUAAACUAUAAAAAACAUACGACUAUUGUUUGGUCAUGAUAAAAGCAGAUUUAUCCAUGAAUAUUCAAACGCAUUGUUGUAGUUUAUGCCUUCUUCUAAGACAUGUAUAACAGUUGUGGAUUUUCGAUUUUGUAACAAACGUUUUAGCAACGUUUUUGGGUAGAGGUUAGGUUGUGUUCAAGCAACACUUUUUGAAAUGGAGAAGACACUCAGCUUUUCUAUAUUUAAAGAAAAAAUUAUCAAAACUAACGAAUUACUUUGUGUUCUUCUUGAAAAAAAUAAAUCUUUGGACAAGUCACAAAAAUUGAUCCAGCAGUUAAAAAAGAAACUAGAACUAAACAGAAAUGAAGUUAACAAGUUGAAACUUCGAAACGAAACAUUAACAUGUGAUUUAACAGCAGUGGAGAAAGAUUACAACUUACUCAGCACCGAACACAUAAUCUUGAAGGAUCGAUUUAAGCAACUAGAAAAUGAAUCCAAUAACACUAUCAAUAAUCUACAGGUAAAUUAUCAGUUGGCAAAUCAAGAACUGAAACAAUGCAAAGAGAAGCUAACCAUGCUAGAGGAAUUUAAUGAUGAACUUGAGACCGUACCAUUUAAAAAUCUAAAGUCUCCCACGAAAAGAAGACGAGUACCUUUUAGAAAGAAAAGAUCCCCACAAAAAAAAGAGGGAAUUGUUUUACAUGAUGUUGUUGCCAUGUGUAAAGAAAUCGAUGAACUGAAAAUAGAAAGGCAAAAACUUAUUACAGAGAAGACUGACUUUCAAUUGGAAGUAUAUGAAUUAAAGAGAAAAUUAACAGACUUUGAAUCUGUUACUCAGGAUGAAAAUAACCCCCUUAAAAUGAAGGAAGAAUUAGCGGAAUUACGGAAAAACAUUGAAGAAAAGGAUAAGGAACUGGAGAGAUUAUCAAACAAAAUCAAAAAAAUCGAAAAUCAAAAAGAAACAUUGCAAUCUGACAACGAAAGACUGAAAAUUGAAAACUCCUUAUGUCAAGAGGAAAUUUCAACAUUACAGAGCAAAUGCCUUCAGAAUGAUAAACAGUCAGCAAUCACUAAGACUAAAAACAAAGAGUUAAACAAACUUUCAGCUGAAUUUAAACAGUUGCAACUAGAACGCUCUAGACUGCAUGAUGAAAAUCAGAAGUUAAAAAUUGAGAAUAAUUUUUUCCAACUUGAAAUUUCAUGUUUGCAAAACAAGAGUGAAAAAACCAGUGGAAACCCUUGUACACAAGAGGAACAGCAUGACAGCCCAGUUCUAGAUGAUGGAAGCCCAACAUUGAAUGAAGAAAGCUUAGAACCAAUAAAUGACUGUAGGCGUGAAAGUAAUAGUACACCUACAAAUGAAGAAGUUAGUGCAAUAAUGAAGAAUAUGGUUGUUCCAGAUAAAUUAUCCCCAUUGAUUGAACAACCCCGUCACAACGAUCAAGGUUUAUCUUCACAUGAAGACCACAUUAACAGAAGUCCGUCCCCGCACGCCGACUUACGACACAACAACCAGGAAUCCUCGCCUGCUAGGAGGGAAUUGUUCCAAAGAAAUAUUACCAGAAAACGCAACUAUUUAACGAAAAGAAGACAACUCGCAAGGAAAAAAGCCAAACAGGUGGAUCUUUACGGCGCCUUACUUGCCUUGAAAAAAGCGAACAUAAAUUUCGUUAUUAGCAGCAAUUCUUUUGAGUCUCCCAAUCGUUCGUCGUCUCGUUUAAUAAAUUUCGAGUGUGAUAAAAAUAUUAAAUUUAAAAAUUUUGAGAAAAAGAAACCAGUCACCAUUACCAAAGAAUUAACUUGUUUGUUAGUAAAUUGUAAAAGUACAUAUAUGGUACUGAAAGGGUGCAAGGACGAUGAGGACGCACCGCUGCUGGGUUUUGUGGGUGUUAAAAAUGAAUCCUUGGUGUCUCAGAAUAAUAAUUUAACUGUAACAAGGCCUUUAGAGUCCCAUAUUUCUGCUACAAAGCGAGACACUACCAAGAAGUCUUGCAGUAUUGAAAAGAAUAGUGACGAUGUUCCGAGAAAUAAUGAACAAGUUGUGCAGAUAAUAGAAGCAGAUGAUGAGGAUAUUUAUGUUAAAAAUACAGAAAAAAGGAACGAUAGAAAUAAUAAAAAGGAAAAAACAUCAUUACAGAAUAACAAAAUCGUACAUAACUGUAGCAAUAAUGAAACAGAAGACCCACUUUCCCAUAACGAGGAAGAUGAGAACACAGAAAUGUCAUCCUUGAAUACAAAAAGAAAACCACCUAAUCAGCCAGAACUGCGCAGAAGUAAGAGAAAACGUAAUUCUUUAAUGUCUAUGUUAAAGAAAAGGAGAACUGGAACCGUGAAUAAGUUAGCAAUAACAAAAUGCACAGCUUCAUGUUUAGAUGUAGAGGAAAAAGAGGAAAAAUUAGAAAAUGCCAUUAAAAAUCGAGCAAAUAGCUCUGACAGCGUGCCAGUUCAAGAUUUCGUAUUUAAGAAACCCACAACAAGACCAAAAUCAUUCAAAAGGCCGCUUUGUAACAAAAAGCGGUCCCUACAACCACCGGUAAUAAACGAACAGUGUGAUACUAAUGACAGUGGGGUAAAUCUAGAGGAGGAAAAAACCGAAGAUAGUAUUGCUCCUAUGGAAACGUCACCAGAAAAACUUCCCAAAACGACGUUUAAACGACCGGUUUGUAGUACUCGGAGUUCUCGGCGAUUAUCGAUGGUUAGUCCAGAAUGUGAUAAAAGUAACGAUAACCCGAAAAUUCAAGAAGUAAAUAGGGAAGAAAAUAUUGAUUUGGAAAGCCCCAAGUCACCGACGCCCGAAAGUCAACCGCCCCCAGCCAACAAGCCAGUGUUAAUUCCUCUAGAAAAAAAAGUACCUGAAUUUGAAGAAAAAAUUCCAUCUAGCAAGAUUGAAAUGUUGUUCAGCAAACUCAUCUUAUACACAAAAGAGGAGGAGGUUUUGAACGAAGUUGUGCGGGAGUUUUCUUCCCAAGACCCGGAGUACAUAGCUCAGGCAGUGCUUGAAAGGAUCGCUUUGGACUACCAUGACAACCCAGACACCAAACACAGUCCCGCGCCUCUCAUGACUGAGGUCCAGAGGACCAUGUUGGGCUUCAUGUCAAAACUAGAAAAAACGAGUGUGAUCGGUGUGUUUGACAGUUAUUUAACGUUAUCUGAACAGAGACUUCUAACGUGUAAUAAACUGGAGGAGUUCGGACCCGUCACGAGACUUUACCUAGCAAUAUGUAAAUUGCAUAAAAAUAUAACGCGGAUGCGUAAAUUGUGCUGUGAUGUAUUCUAUUUUUGCGGUGAUUUAGCGAUACCAUUUUUAUUUAUAGUUUUAACGUCUUGGCCGGAAGUAAUACCUUAUGCGGCGGAUGCAAAAGAUUUUCCCUUGGCACGAGUUUUAGUUCAAAUUGUGUACACAACUGACUGCAAAAAACCGGGUUAUAACCACAUGCCUUUGCGGGAUAUGCUCAUCAAGUUUUAUGGGUAUCCAAAAGAUAGGUGGGAAUAUGACGAUUUUUUCAAAGAACUUUUCAACGGAUAUUUAAAAAAUCCGUCUCGAUCGUCAGAUUUUGCGUUGUUGUUGUAUUGUAAAAGCAGACCCGAAAAAUGGGUCUACGAAAAAGUGGACGAACAUCUGAAACCGUUAGUCAGUAUGGAAAUUCAAGAUAAUUUUAAGGCGACUUUAAUUAUUCUAAUAGGCAACCUUUACAAUAGAUUUAGUUCCAAAUCUGAAGUUAAUUACUUACCGCAAAUUCGAGAGUGGCUUUCAAGUCUAGUUAAAGAAGAUACACCAGAUGUAGUUAGGAAAUGCGUGUAUGUUUCUUUGAGUAGGUUAAAGAAAAAAUAAUUGUUUUAAAUUAUUUUGCAAUAAAACGUUUUUUAUAA